UCAUGUUACGAAAGCUGCCAAUAAAAGAUGGAAACUUGAUUAAUUUUCAUGGAAAACAGUCAUGCAAUACCAAUACCACCAUACCGGAUCAAAAAGUAGAAAUAAUAAUGAUGAUGAUGCCGUUCAGCGUUCAUUCACGUUCACUCAACUCAAUUUGCUGUUGCUCACUUCCCACUUUUGUCAGUGCUGAGCCGGCACAAGGACAAUAGAAUAGAUUCUUGGUUACUUUCCUUUCUUUCAAGUCGUUUGGCUCACUUCAAUUCAGCAAAAUUUCAAACGUGAACGUGAAACAUCUUGUGGUUUAUUUUACUUUGUCAAAUUUGUGUUUAUUUUGAUACUUUGCUAACAUCAUAGUUAUGGCUCCCGUAGGAGUAGAAGAAUAUGACUUGGUGGUUAUUGGAGGAGGGUCAGGCGGGUUGGCUUGCGCGAAAGAGGCGGCCACCAAGUACAACAAGAAGGUGGCCGUGUUCGACUUUGUGGUGCCCUCACCGCUGGGCACCACCUGGGGUCUGGGAGGCACCUGCGUCAAUGUCGGCUGCAUCCCCAAGAAACUGUUCCACCAGGCCGCUCUGCUAGGAGAGGCCAUCGAGGACUCAAAGUUCUACGGGUGGGAGCAUGCCGAUAAGCCCAAGCACAACUGGGAGACUCUCAAGAGUGCCGUUAACGAUCACAUCAAAUCUGUCAACUGGGUCACCCGAGUUGAGCUCAGGGACAAGAAAGUGCAGUACCUGAACGCCCUAGCGUCGUUUGUAGACCCGCACACAGUGAAGGGCGUUACGAAGGCGAACAAAGAGAUGCUGGUGAAGGGUGAGCAGAUAGUGAUCGCGAUCGGCGGCCGCCCCAACUACCCGCCGCUGUUCGAGGGUGCCCGCGAGCACUGCAUCACAAGCGACGACAUCUUCAGCCUGCAGAAGCCGCCCGGCGACACCCUGGUGGUCGGGGCCGGCUACAUCGGCCUCGAGUGCGCUGGCUUCCUCAGGGGGCUCGGCUAUAACGCCACUGUCAUGGUGCGUUCUGUUGUGCUGCGAGAGUUUGACCAAGGCAUGGCGGCUCUCAUCCAGGACUACAUGGCCGAGAAAGGCGUCAAGUUCAUGCUCAAGUGCGAGCCAAGGAAGAUUGUCAAGCGUGAUGAUGGAAAGUUUGUCGUCACCUACGUCGAUAACGCCAAUGGUACAACGCAAGAAGCUGUAUAUGAUACAGUGCUGUGUGCAACGGGCCGACAUCCACAAACCGAUGUGCUGAACCUGGAAAGUGCAGGAGUUGAAUACAACAAGGGCAAUGGCAAGAUCGAUGCUGUCAAUGAAGCAACCAAUGUUCCUCACAUCUUUGCUGUCGGUGAUGUUCUUCUCAACAAGCCAGAACUGACUCCAGUGGCUAUCCACGCGGGCAAGCUGCUGGCCAGGAGGAUGUACGGAGGCAGCACUCACAACAUGGACUAUGAGAAUGUGGCCACCACUGUGUUCACCCCCCUCGAGUACGGCUGUGUGGGUCUCAGCGAGGAGAAGGCCAUCCAGCGUUUCACCAACGAUAAACUCGAGGUGUAUCAUGCGUUCUACAAGCCGACCGAGUGGUUCAUCCCUCAGCGAGACCCGAAGCACUGCUACGUAAAGGUGAUCGCCCUGAGGGAGGCACCUCACACUGUGCUUGGUCUGCACUUUGUCGGCUGGAAUGCCGGAGAGGUCAUUCAAGGCUUCGCUGCCGCUGUCAAGUGCGGUAUGACAAUGGAGCAAUUGCAAAACACAGUAGGAAUUCAUCCAACUCUGGCCGAAGAGUUGACUAGAAUUUGGAUUACAAAACGUAGCGGUUUGGACCCCAAACCUCAGAGCUGUUGCAGUUAGAUUCUGUCAGUGGAUUGGAUCGUUUCACUCGCGCACGUAUACACAAACUCAAUGUAUUGUCGAAUAGGAUUCAACUAUUAGAAAUCAUGUUGAAAUGAAAUAUCCAAUAUUUAUUGCUAAAAGCAAUAAAAAAUAUAAAUGAAUGUUGUUGGGGAACGGGAAAACAAGCCACCUUGUCACAAUUGAUUCAAUCUGUUGAUCAUUUAUAAUUGGAAACUAAUAAAUUCAACUUUGCGGAAGUUAAAACGCAUAUUGAAGGUUUUUCAUAGUGUUGUCAAUGGAUGUGUAAUUUACAUCAAUCAAUUUUAGAUUUUGCAAAGGUUUGUCGUAAAAUUCUACUUUUUGUUCAUUAAUCAAUUUUACGUGAAUGCUUGUCAGUUGAAGGACAUAGUGUAGAACAUAAAUGAAUUUAUAAAAGUAGCUCUCUGCAUUCCUCACUCAAUUUUUCGAUGUAUGUUUUUUCAUAGUAAUAAACCACCUAAGGAAAUAAUUUCAUUUUCCCAUCCUUCAAAACAUAGGAAGGACGAUAUCUGCCUUUGAACUAUGGUGAUUGGGUAAUUUAUAUGUAUGGAAUUAUGAUCACUCUAUUAAUUUAUUAGCAUAUCUUGUUAUUAAAAUAUUGUGUUUGAUUGUGGAAUGUAAAUGAAAAUGAACUGUGAUUACAUCGGGCUUAAGAGAUACAAUGACAAGUAUGGUUAUGUGAAUCUAUCUAAAUAGUAUUAUAAAUUUAUUUUUUAUAUGUAUGAACAAUAAAUUAAUUAAUGUAUACCCUACACAAUUCUGUUAUUAAACUUGAUUUUAUGAUGAUCAA